AUGCCCUCUCCACCUCCACCAAACCCCUCAACAAGCACAAAGUCCAAACCAAAAGUCAAGACGAUCUCCAACCCCCGCCGCCUGCUAAUCCUCUCGCCAACCUCCCAAUCCAUCUCGAUAAUCCCUCCCCUCCUCACCUCUCUAACGGGCACACCAAUUGAAAACCCCCCGCAACAAGACUCGAAAACGACCCCGCCAGACGAUCUGUCUGGGACCACCGAAACACCACCAACAACCACCACUUUCGCCGGCUACACAACCCACGCCCCCCUAUCCCUCUCAACAAAAUACUACACAGCCGAAGUUCCCCUCUGGGUAGAUGAAAUCCCGCUUCCCAGCGCACCCCAACCCUCGGACUCGGAAACACAACCACAAGCACAGUCACAGACACAGACACCAACAGCAGAACAAUGGAAAACAGAAUUCCUCAGCCCGGAAGCUGAAAUCGUGCGCGAUGCCGUCGGUGCAUUGGUUGUAUGCGCGCAUCCGCCUUCCGAAUCGACUCUACCACGUCCGGAUCCACGCCUAGAUGCAGAUGCAGACGCAGAUGCAGGUGCAGAUCCAGCCACUCAUCCUGAUGUCGUUGCUCUUCUUGCGCUGAUGCAGAACAUUGGAGCUGUCAAGGGACAGAUUGACGAGGAGCGGGGUGGGGUGGGUGAUGUUCCGGGUGUGUUUGUUUUGGUUGGAAAGAAGAAGGGCGGUGGAUCUUCCGGAGGAGCAAUUGGGUCCGGAUCUGGAGCAGUAGAUCCAGACGAAUUGGCUCUUGGUGUUGACGGGGACGAUCUGGGUGGUGGGGAUGCGGCUCCAUUCUCGGUUGGGUGGUGGGAGGAUCAGUUUUAUGAUAUGGGGUUGUUGGGAUGGGAGGUUGUUCAGUGGGAUCCUAAGGGUGAUGGGGAGGGAGAGGGGGGGGGAUGUGAGGAAUGCCGAGUGGGCAUGCCUCGUAUCAAAGAGGUGCUUGAAACGCAUGAUUGGUCUGCGUCUGGUGGAUUGGGGGGUCUGGGGCUUGAUGGUGGACUGGGUUCUGAUCUGGAAUCUGAUGAUGAUGUUGAGGGUCAGUUGUUGGGUAUGCCGGCUGGGCAGAAUCGUGGGUUCGAUAAUGAAGUCCAUGAAUUGGAGCGGGAGAUGUUUGGAUUGCGAAUGGCUAUUGAGCGGGGUGGUGGUGAUGGGUUUGAAAAUGCAGAUCAAGAUGAAGAAGAUGGAGAGGAUAAUGGGGAUGCUGAGCUUGAUGUUGAGUCUAUGGAGUCAUUGAUGAUGCGCAUGCAGGUUAUCAAAGAUAUGAGCUCUGAAUUGCCUGGAGAUGAGCGCAGGCGGUUUGCUGCGAAGGCUGUGCAGGAUAUCAUGCGCGAGCUUUGA